AUGCGGCAGCCUCCAGCCCAGCGCCAACGCCAAGCCGACACAGGAACGCAACAAAAAGUGCUCGAGGCCGUACGUAGCCACGACGACGCCUGCCUGUUCGCCGUACCGCUGGACGAGACGAUGUGUCCGGGAUACUUCAGCACCGUCAAGGAGCCGAUGGAUUUGACCAUGAUCACCGAGCGCGUCGACAACGGUGCCUACACGUGCAAAGAGGCCUUCAUCGGCGACUUCAAGAGAAUGGUCGAGAACUGCGCCUUCUACAACGGGCUCGAGAGUGAGAUCGCCACCAAGGGCUACCGGUUGUGGGUGGCCAUGCUUGACGCCCUGCACACAGUCUGCUUCGACGACGACGAAGACGGUGAAGUCGACAGCAAUCGGGACAGUGACGUCAGUUCCGGUGCAGGCGCCGCGUGCUCGCCUGCCUCGAGACUGUACGUUCCGGAGCACGUGAGAAAGCCGAGACCGAACGCCAGCGACCAGCGGGAAGACGAGCGCACCAUGCCGAGGACUCUGCGCGCGAGCAGGAAGACGGCGGCGCAAAGGAAGAGCAGCCCGACCAGAGUCCAGGACGAGGCGGCCGAGGGCGAUGACGACGACGAGGACUUCGUGGCGCCCACAGUCAAGAGGCGCAGAGUAGGAAGGCCGCCGAAGGCGAGUAGGACAAGAGGCAGAAGGCGGGCCGCGUCGAAUGCGACCUCCCGUACGCCGUCAGUCGUCAAGAGUCCUGCACUCGAGGCACUGUCGAGGGCUACGCGCAAGGCUCUGGAGGACUCCGCCGACUUGACUUACGACAUCUGCCGCCUGAGCGGCGACUUCGAGGCGAACAGUGACGUGGCCGGCUACUUUCCCGAACUCAACAUCGCCGGCACACACAGCCACCCUUCCGACCUGCUUGCAAGGUUCGUGGGCUCACCGGAGGAAAGUGGUGGGUACACCAUCGCCGAAUCUCCGGAAGCAUCAUCGGAGAGUGAUUCGAACGACCGCAGCCGACACGUCAGCGGAGACUGCAGCAAUAACACGGAUGAACCGGUGAAUGCCACCGACGACGGUGAAGCAGGCGGAAAGCAAGUGGAUAGUCGUGACGAUUCGGGUUCCGACGGAAAUCGCAAUCCGGACUCAAAUGCUCCUGCGGCGGAAGUACAACACCUGGCGGGGGACACGGACACAACGCGCUCGGAUCGAAGCACAACGGAAGAUUUCGAUCGAGUUCUGGAAGAGACGACAACCACUGCAAGCACUGAAUUCCGAGUAAGCAGCAUCAGCAACGCAGCUGAAUGCGAAGAGCGAGUGAGUGACGUCUCUCGAGAAGGUGCGAAAGGUGGAGCGACGCAAGAGAUGGCACCGCCGAACACAGCCCGCCCGGGCACAAUGGCGUCGAGCAGCCCAUUCAUGGGCAACAGACAAGGAGCUUACGUACAGACGUCCGUUGCGACGCCUCCGAGGUGUCGCUCAGUUCCUCCUCUCCACUUCGUUGCUGUUAACAUGCGUCACGCAAUGAGAGUCCCCCGCUCGCCCGGUUCCUGUGGUCGCGACGACAGCGAUGCGAAUGCCACAGCUAGUGCGGAGCCUGCCGAAGAAGGUCGUUCGGCUGCGUCCUUAGGGAUUCGUGAGGACAGACCCAGCCUCGUUGAAAGUAGGGAAGCCAACGCCGAUCAUACAACGGCAAAGCCAGACGGAGAGUCAGAAAGCCGAGAGUUGAACAGCUGCAGAUCAGACGGUGAGACCGAAGUGACGAAAGACAGCUGCUCCGAUACUCUUUGUCAGGUCAUUGACGGAUGCACCGAUUCAACUGCUAGCACCGGCCACGUCGCCGCUGGUACGGACACCGACGCGAGAGAUAAGACCAUCGGGAUGUCGUCGGAAGGAAGCGAAGAAACCAUCUUGCAGUCUGUGCACAGUGAGAAAACGACUGAAGAACAGGCGGGUGCAUCACUUCCCGCUGGCAAUCUUUCUCCGGAGCGCAUCCAGGUGAGGGAUCGAUGGAUUACAAGGCUCCAGGGUGACCUCCAGGGAGCUGAGCAAGAGUUCUACUGCGGACUGGAUAGCCCAAAGUCAAGCUUCAGCUUUUCGUCUGGAUACCUUAGCGAAGAGGCCCUGUCGCCAUCCAUGCGGUAUCACAGCAGCUCGAGUCCGCUCCCUCAACUGUCUCCGUCUCGCCUGUCUCCGCUGCCUCCAUUCGGGGCGCCGACGCCGCUGCAGAAGAUGUCCGCCCUAGUCGCCGAGAUACCGUCUCCGACCAAGAGGUACGGCGCCUUCUUCCCGUCUCCGUUUGUGCCGCCAACUACGUCUGUCAGCGCCACGUGUGGUGGCGGAGAUCAACUUCGAGACGGCAGAGACGGCGUGGCGUUUAGGGUGACAGAACUGCAUGCUAAGCAAGAUGUUAAGCAAGAGUAAUCGUCAGAAGCCGGUGAUUCCAGCAUUUCUAAACGAGGUUUCUACGACUCUGCCACCCUGUUGCCCCAAUGUGCUGAUGCUCUCUCAUGACUUUCAGUAUUCAUUAAACUAUCUCUCUCU